GGUGUCUGAUCAGGGUGACGGAACGUGUCCCUCUCCCGCUACCUGCCCGGACUUGCCUGGACAUGCUGGGACUUGCCUGGCAGUGAGGUCACCCUUGUCAGUGUGCUCAGACUGCCCGGAGAUAGGAAGCUGGAUUUCUAUUUUUACUCGGGGAUGCUGAGUCUGAGCACAGGGUGCCCACGGGGGUGGCCCCAGGAACUGAACGUGGCCCCCCAGCCCCAGGCUGGGCACUCCCCACUGCCCAGCAGCACACCCUGCGGUGCCGUGCCGUAACGGGAUCGUUGAAUCAUUGAGGUUGGGAAAGACCUCCAAGAUCCUCGAGUCCAGCCACUGACCGAUCCUCACCUGGUAAACUGGACCAGAGCUCUGAGUGCCACAUCCAGUCGUUCCUUGCUUCAAGGAGUGGAAUGUGGGGAAGACAGUGUGGCACAGGCAGUCCAGAAUUUGGGGUGAAAUCUUCCCUGCGGGAGGCUGAGAACUCACUUCAUGGGGAAGUUUGGGGAUGGGGAGGAUCUUCUGUGGCCUGGCUUUGGAAGUCCCAGAUUAGGUGGGAAAUGGGAGCUAUGAAUCUUCUUUUUUAAAGCUGAUUUAAUGAGUGUGGCUGUCCCCACGGGGGCAAGCCUUAGCUCUGAAAACUCAAAUCCCAGAGCAGUGCUGACUCUUAUCAGCUGGACUCGAUCUCAGAGGUGUUUUCCAACCUUAACAAUUCUCAUUCUGGUUCCUCAUAAGUGGGGGUGUAGUGAGGGGGCCACUGUCCCCACACGUGUGUCAGGGGAAGGACUGCUUGGAUGGGAUGGAUGGAAAUGGGAUGGAAAGGCUUUGUCAUUUACUGGGAAGGUCAAGGCUUUUGGCACCGAUUUGAAAAAAAACAAACAAGGUCUUGUUUCUGGUUACCCAAGAGCUCCUUGCAGAUAAGGAGGGUGGUUAACAAAGUGGUCAAGCUUGUGGCAUGUUCUUGCAGUUGCUUGAAGGUUUCCUUACCACCGGGUCUGGGUUCUUGAGAUGAAGAAACUGGCCAGAAAAACAUCCUGUUGCUUCACUUGCCCGUGUGCCAACUUGCCCUUGCCUGCAUGGAAGUGGGAAUAAGCAGGUUGGGCAGUGUCUGGGGACCAGGGGAGCAUCAUUCUGGUGUGGCUCUGAGGAGUGUUGUGAGUGGGGCCUGUGGCAGCAUGAGGUGCUGGAUGCUCUGACCUGGCAGGGCUUUGCCUGCUGGAGGAGGAAUAGGGAAUGUCGACAUCUGCACCUUCCCCACCCUCCUGUGUUGCACUGGGCUGUGUCUGACCUCAGCCGUGCUCAAGCCUCUGCUAAAAUCUCCAAAGUCAGAGUCGAGAUGUCAGUCCCCUCGGGGCUGCCUCAGUGAAGACCCAGCCCAGCUCAUCCCACCUUGGCUACCAUGUGCUUUGCCCUGGUAGCCAACACUCUCCUGUUUUUGCUCUUGCCCUCCCAACCCCUGUAACUGGCUCUGGUUUCCCCGCAGCCGCCACGAUGCCGCUGUCCCAGAGCAGGGCUGGGCAGACCCCAUGCAGCAGCAAGGUGUGCAGGAACCUCUUUGGCCCUGUGGACCACGAGCAGCUCCAGCAUGACUUUGAGGACAAGAUAAGACAGCAGCUGGAAGAAGCUCAGCAGCGCUGGAACUUCGACUUUGAGACGGAGACUCCCUUGGAAGGGCCGUUCAAGUGGGAGAGGAUCCUCGUGGCUGAGCAGCCGCCCCAGGGGGUUCACAGCCUGGUCAGGGCUGUCACCAGCAGUGACAACAGGAGCUCCUUGGCCCACAGGGUCCCCCCCAAGGACCAUGUUGGCAGGAUUUGCCCUGAGGAGUCUCAACAGAGCUCGAAGGCUUACAAGGCUGGUUCCUCGCAGAGUUUGAAACGUGGGCAGACCACGAUCAAAGACUUCUACAGUGCCAAGCGGAGGAUCGUCCCUGCGCGGCCCCGGCCGUGACUCGCUGGGGCAGCUGCCGACGCCGGGGGGAUGUGGCUCCCCCAGCCUGUGCUGUGCUAUCUGUACAAAGCGAUGUAGAGUCUUUAGUUCCCUAUUUAUGAGUAGCUCUGGGGUCCUGAGGGACCUUCACUGUGUGCAAUGUAGAGGAGGAGCCCCACGAUGGGGCUGGAGGAGGACUGAGAUGGGCCUGGUGGGAUAAAGGCACUGCCCUGCCUGCAGAAAGUGUCCUCUGCCCUGUGCCUGUGGGUCCAAACACCGUCCUUGUGCCAUCCUGCUGCCUAGCUGUGCUCCAUCCCCUGCCUAGGGGCUGGUCCUAGGGGGACACUUGUGUUCCAACCACCUGGUGGCACCAGAUACCUUCAAGAAAAGUCACUGGUGUGGAUUGUAGAGCCCUGGGACACCCUGGCUGCUGGCACAUGCGGGUGGCCCUGUGCCCCAGCAGGACGGACCCGAGCAGUUGUCCGUGUGUGGGAGCAGGGUGAUGUGGAGGCUGCUCCUUCCAGGGCUCUGGGGAGAGGAAGCUGUUCCCUGGACAGCCCUUCCUUGGAGUGACUCACCAGGAACAGCCACCAGGGGACCAGCACUGCCCCUGGGAGACUUUGGGAUCCUCUGCACUCUGCUGGCCCCAAACCCCACUUAUUGUUGGCUUCUUGUGUGGUGCUGCCUAUGCCCACAUCCCUGCCUCCCUCAACACUGACACCAGGCUGGGGAGCCCCUGCUCUGGCUCUGUUUGGCUCCUCUAGGAAGAAGCCCUGCUCAGCAGCAGGGAUGAUGUUGAAAUAAGGAAUUGUAGCUUAUUUUCCUGGACUUUUUCUUCUUUGGGGCUGGUGGGGAGAGGACCUCACCUGGCGCUGCUCUGGCACCAGGGGAUGGCCUGGAGCAGAGGCUGCUCAGUUCCAGCACUGAAGGAUGAGUCUCGGCACUUUCAUGGGGUUCAUCUCCUGCUCUGCUGGAUUUGGACUCGGGAAAUUGGUGCAAGAUGGUCCCAGGAAGGAAAGGGACAGGGUUGAUCUCCCACCUUGCACCACGAUGCACUUUGCUGUCGGUGAAGCUGCCAAGCUCCCAGCACUAAAUGUUUAUUUAUAUUUAAAAUAAUGCUAUUAAGUGUAUGUGGGGAAAGGGGAAAUACCUGUUUGUCUGGAAGUGUUAACUCUGAAUAAACAGCUGUGCAAAGGA